AUGCCUUUCUCCGAUUUCUUCACGAGUCCGGCUUCCGUUCAAAAUCGACAUAUAUCUGGAACGUUGGUCGCCCGAGAUCAGUUCUCCUUGGCCGAUAAUGCCAUUCGCGCCUUCCAAGAGAAGCCUGCUCGACACUCGGGACAUCCAGACUUCGGCCACCUUUCGCUCCUCGUUUUCGAAGCUGUAUUAGAAGUGGUCUGUGUCAGUUUACCAGGAUAUAUCGUGGCAAGACAGGGCAUGUUUGACGCCGAAGCACAAAAGUUCCUGGCAAAUCUCAAUGUCAUAUUGUUUACGCCCUGCCUGAUCUUUACCAAGCUGGCGUCGCAGCUGACCGCGGACAAGCUGGCAGAGUUGGCUAUCAUCCCCGUCAUCUUCAUUGCUCAGACCCUGGUCUCGUACCUGUGCGCCUUGGUCGUUGGGAAAUUUCUCAAAUUUAAGAAGCGCCAGGCAAACUUCCUCAUUGCCAUGGGAGUGUUUGGAAACUCCAACUCAUUGCCUAUAUCGUUGGUGUUGUCCCUGUCAAAGACACUUAAGGGGUUGCACUGGGAUAAAGUGCCCAAUGACAAUGAUGAUGAAGUUGCUGCUCGAGGGAUCUUAUACCUUCUCGUUUUUCAGCAACUUGGCCAACUACUCCGCUGGAGCUGGGGCUACAAUGUCCUCUUGGCGCCACCAGAAGCGUACACGGAGGCAGAGGGCGGAACGAAAAGAGAGGACAGUGUCGAGAGGGGCAGGGGCGAGUACCGAGAUGAUGUCGACUCGGACCACGAACAACGCCGACUCCUCAGUCCCAAUUACGAUGGUGAUGGAGAUAGUAGCGAUGACUUUGAAGACGAUGACGAUGAGAUAACUCGGAUCGGCACCGAAUCCCCUUCUGCAUCCAAAUCUGACGGUCUCAAAACCCCUCGAACUCCACACAAAUCGUCCGCUAGGUCCUCAAGAAAUUCUUCUCAUCGAAAUUUGAAUGGAUCCGCCAGUGUGCCAGAUCUCAUGCCUACUCUCACCAACGGGAUGGCGACACCUCUCCACCAUCUUGACUAUCCGGCGUGGCUGAAGACUUUCGAUCAGAAGAAGGAAGAUGAAAAUUGCGGAGGCGUCAAAGGCUACAUCAACCAAGGAAAGAACUUCAUCAGAUAUCAUUAUCUAAGGGUCGAUCACGUCAUUCGCUCGAAGUCCACUGCGGCGUUUGAGUCUCUUCCUCGACCUAUUCAGAAGUUCCUGUCGGCAGGUUCCGCCAAAACGAAGGGAUUUCUCGCCGGGGUGUGGGAAUUCAUGAACCCGCCUCUGUGGGCCAUGUUGAUUGCUAUCAUCAUUGCUUCUAUUCCUAAGCUUCAACAUCUGUUUUUCGACGACGGGACAUUCCUGCGGAAUUCGGCCACGCGAGCAGUCGAACAGAGCGGUGGUGUUGCUGUACCUCUUAUCUUGGUCGUUCUCGGUGGCAAUCUCGCUCGCAACACGAUCCCCAAGAAUCUACCAGGUGACAUUACUGACCCCAAAGAGGAAACGAAACUCCUCUACGCCUCAUUGGUCGCUCGAAUGGUCCUUCCGACCAUCAUCAUGGCGCCUUUACUGGCCCUGACUGCUAAAUACGUCCCCGUCAGCAUUUUGGACGACAAAAUUUUUAUCAUCAUCUGCUAUCUGCUUGGCGGUUCGCCGAGUGCCCUCCAGCUGAGCCAGAUAUCAGCCACGAAUAACGUCUAUCCCGGAAUCAUGUCCAAAAUCCUGUUCCACAGCUAUGUUAUCUGGAUUUUGCCGUCCACGCUCAUCCUCGUGCUGCUCGGGCUUGAAACGGUAGAAUGGGCGACAUAUUGA